AUGAAUGGACAAAUUUUAUCAAUCUCUCUCGAUUUCGAAGCUCCACCGCCACCACCAUCUGCAUCGUUGACUAAGAGCAAUCAUAUCGUGGCACUAAAGGUGCUUUUCAAGAGCCAGCUGAAACAGUCUCAGGUUGAACAUCAGCUUCGUCGUGAAGUUGAAAUCCAAAGUCAUCUCAGACACCCUAAUAUUUUACGCCUUUAUGGAUACUUCUAUGAUCAGAAACGAGUUUAUUUGAUAUUGGAAUAUGCCGCCAAGGGUGAGCUGUACAAGGAGCUACAGAAGUGUAAAUACUUUAGUGAAAGACGCUCUGCAACUGUGAGUUUCGACACUAUGGUUUUCUUUGUUUGUUUAUCUUCCAUUUGGCUUGUCAUUCUUAUUACAUAUUAUGUUUCGGAACCUUCCAACUUGGAGAGUGUUGAGCAUGAUGCAAGUGUAGACAUAUGGAGCCUUGGUGUCCUCUGCUAUGAGUUCCUUUAUGGGGUUCCACCUUUUGAAGCAAAUUGCUCUAGAAGUAUUUUAAAUUCACUUAGCCUUUGUUGUGGAAGAUGAUUUGGAGCUUUCUCCUCUAUAUUGCAAAUUUUUAAGGGGUUUGAUUGUUAAUUAUUACUACAAUGCUUCAAAUUUUAAUCCUUCAAUCUAUGGGGCAUCACUGCAGAGACCAAGGUUUGUUCCAGGAUUGAUGGAUGGGGAAUGCUUAUUGAUGUUCGAAUAUUUGCUUGACAUAGGCUGAUCAGCUCAUGUUUAAGAGCUUUGCUGUUACAGAUAAGGGAUAAUGAGCAAAUUGAUGGAAGGUUCACCAAAGCAUAUUACCUACUUCUCCAUGGGAUGGGAGAGCACAGGUGUUAUUUGGGAGUAGAGCUUCUCAAGUCUGGCAGUGAAGGAAGUGAAACCACCCUCAAAACCCUUUGGCAUCACACAGAUGCUAUUAUGUGCUGCUCUUUGAAGAGUUUAAAUAACCAGUUAAGCUAAAGAUUUGUCUUGAAUUGGACUUCCAAGAAGAUUUGUACUUCUUGAAACAGAAAUGCCAAUCACAUCCAGAGAUUGCGAAGGUGCUUGAAUUUUUUCAUUUUGUCUGCACAUCCGAGGACAUUAACAAUCUUGCCCAUGCAUUGAUGCUGAAAGAAGCUUUGAACACUGUCAUAUUUCCAGUCAUGGAUGAGGUAAUUAAGGCAGUUUGUGACAUGGCUAAAGCUAAUGCUCAUGUUCCCAUGUUUUCUCGCACUCAUGGGCAGGUAGAUGAAUUUUUUAUUUUAAAAAAUAAUAGAUAUAUAGAUGUUGCACUGCAAUUCAUGAGAGAGAGACUGCUCCAUCUGAUUAGUACCCUUCAUACAUUGGAUCAUCGAGAAUAUGCAUAAUCACUUAAAAAUAACUAAAUAUGAUGACUAAAAGGAAGAAGUGGAGUUGAUGGAAAAAUUACAACUGAUUGGAGGAAAAUGGUUUAUUUACUUCAACUCAAAUUGUUGGGGUAUAUGCUUUGUUGAGUAAAGUUGUAUACUUAACCUGCCUGGCAUAUGGUGGCGCAUGCAAUUGUGUUUGAACAAUGGUUUUAGAGCUAAUAGAGUCAUCAAUAGA